GUGGGACGCGCACAGAGCCGAAGGACAGGGGACAGCGACGCAGAGCCAUGGCUUCCGUUGGGCAGGUGAUCUUCUGGAGCAUCAUCAUCCUCAUUUUCAUCGUGGCAGCGCUGAUCAUCAUCCUCCUGUGCGUCGCAUUUGCGCCCAGGCAGGCCUCCACUGUGCAGACCGGAGAGCCGUUCCCUGUGGGGAACCUCGGCAACGACGUGCUGCUCGACUGCGAAUUCGACCCGUCUCCCGCCAACGGGAAGAAGGCAGCCGACGCCUCCGUGACCUGGACGAAGGACGGCCUCCCCGGGGUCGUGUACCUCUACGAGAACCGCGCCCCCCAGCUGCAGGACCAGAAUCCGCUGUUCAAAGACAUGGCCCAGGUGUUCCCGGAUGCCGUCGCCAACGGCAACGCCUCCCUGCUGCUGCGAAGCGUCAUAACGGAGGAUGCCGGCACAUACCGCUGUAGCGUGGUCGCCCCCAGCAGCCAGGGCACCGUGACCGUUAACCUCCGAGUUGCUGCGUUUUCUGCCCCGAGUUUCUCCGAGACGAACGGCACCCUGACCGCGGUGGCGCAAAAGUGGUUCCCCGAGCCCAACGUGACCUGGUCAAACCGUAAUGGCAGCACCCUGAACGCGACCACGAGCCUCUCCAACAAUUCGAUGGGGAUAUUCCGCGUGGUGACGACCUUGAGCGACCCGCUGCAGCUGGACAGUAUCUACAUCUGUACCAUCCAGAACAGCCUGGUGCGCUCUGUGACCCAGGCAACUGUCGAAGGCACAGACAUUUUUACAAAUACUUUGUUCAGCUUCAGCAGCGCCUCGUCUGCGAUGAUUCCUGGGCAAGCGCUCGUUCUCGUCCCACUGCUGCUGGGCUGGCUGCUCUGCUGAACACAGUGACACACACAGUAACACACACUCCAACCAGAGCUGGACACACUAACACACACCACGUCCAGAGCUGUAACAAACUUCUUCUCUAGAGGAUGUAUUCUGCCACUGUGUGUGUGUUCUGCAUGGCAUGACAGUCCUCCAUCGGAGUGUGUCAGUGAUGAAGAGUCAACCUUGUGCUUUCCGAAAUGACAGCAUUCAACGUGUCCAGAUCUGUCAGGCGCUCUGCCAUCCUGUCCACUGAGGAUUAUGGGUAAUGAUGUGGUUAAGGAUGCCUGGUAGCUCAGUGAACUCUUGAAGAGUGCUGUGCAAUAUACAGAUAUAUUUUACAUAACUCUGGAAACUGUUAAAGCAGUAAUGUCUAUACAGUGGUACAAUUUUUAUAUGGCUUUCUAUGGAUUCUUCAUAUAUGAGAGAAUUUGGGGUCAUUUUAAUAUGUAUUAUCUUUUCAAAUCAA